CCGGCUGACCAAGUAGUCGUCUUUGGACGACCCGUCACCCUUCAAAACAUCGCCCAAUUGUCCCGCCUCAUCCAUUCUUCCUCACAGUCACAGCUUCCCUUCUCCCAGAAAGGUUGCCAUGGCCAGCACCACCACCACCUCUCCUCUCCUCCUCCUGCUCGCCGCCAUGGCGGUGGCGACGCUUGUCGUCGCACCCGCUUCGUCGGUCGACUUGCCAUCUGGUUUUUCUUCCAUCACGUCCAAGAUCCCAAACCCAUGGUCGGCGUUCCAGGACCUCACCGGCUGCCACUUCGGCGAGCAGCAGCAGGGCCUCGCCAAGGUCAAGGACUACCUCUCCCACUUCGGCUACCUCCCGGAGUCGUCGUCCGGGUUCAACGACCUCUUCGACGCCGACCUGGAGGAAGCCAUCAAGGUGUACCAGCGCAACUUCGGUCUCGACGUCACCGGCGCCAUGGACGCGUCCACGGUGGCCCAGAUGAUGGCUCCGCGGUGCGGCGUCGCGGACGUCAUCAACGGCACCUCCACCAUGGGCAGCGGCGGCAGCGGCUCGUCGUCGCACCUCCACGGCCGGAACCUCUUCACCUACUUCCCGGGGUCACCGUCGUGGCCGCGCUCCAAGAAGAGGCUCACGUACGCCAUCACGCAGACCUCCCUGACGUCCAUCGACCGGGCGACGCUGAGCCAGGUGUUCGCGCGCGCGUUCGCGCGGUGGUCCGCCGCCACCACGCUCAACUUCACGGAGGCCGCCGACGACGACGCCGACAUCACCAUCGCCUUCUACGCGGGGGACCACGGCGACGGCGAGGCGUUCGACGGGCCGCUGGGCACGCUGGCGCACGCCUUCUCCCCGACCGACGGGCGGUUCCACCUGGACGCGGCGGAGGCGUGGGUCGCCACCGGCGACGUGUCGCGCGCGUCCUCCGACGCCGCCGUCGACCUCGAGUCCGUGGCCGUGCACGAGAUCGGGCACCUCCUCGGCCUCGGCCACUCGGGGGAGCCCAGCGCCAUCAUGUACCCGACCAUCACCUCGCGCACCAGGAAGGUGGACCUGGCCGAGGACGACGUCGCCGGCAUCCAGAACCUGUACGGCGGCAACCCCAACUUCAAGGGCGUCGCGCCGCCGGCCACCAGCAGCCGGGACAUGGACAGCGCCGCCGGCGCAAGCUCCCGACCCUGGACCGCGUUGGUCGGCGCCGUAGCCGUGGCUGCUGGGCUAGUGGUAGCUUUGUAGUGAUCGGGGGGGUUUUUUUUGGCUGACCUUGUUUUGUACUAUGAAUUUUUACAUUUACCUUAGCUAAUUUUAAUUCUUGUGUGUAGAUCGAUCAGUAGAUACAUUUGUAAUUUUAUAUACUUGGUAUACAUACAUAGACACAUAGAAUCUAAUCCUAUUGCUAAAAAA